AUGCCUCUCUCGCAGAAUACGCCCGAUGCGGAAGCUAAAUCAAGCGACGUGCCAAAGCCUAGGCGCUUUGCGCCGGAACCGAUCGAGACCACUACCAAGUCGUCUAGAACUGUCCGCAAACAUUCUCCAGAAAAAGACACCUCGACUAAAGUGAGGCGUUUCGCCCCAGUCGCCAUUGAAACAACGACCAAGUCUUCGCGGAAAGACGACGGCGCUGGCAACAGCAAGCCUGCUCCACGCCGCUUCGCUCCACAACCUAUUGAAACCACGCAGAAGAGCAGCAAAGAUAGGUCCAAGGACACGGCCUCGUUGCCACAUAUCAGAUUCACGCCUCGGUUGGUUGAAACGAAGUAUGGCAGCAACAGGAAGAGCAGCCGAGAAGAUAGCAAGGACUCGGAGGAUAAUGGCUCAUAUGUUCAGAUGCCGAGGAAGUUCACGCCGGUAGUCUUGUCGAUCGCGAAGCGGUCUCGCAGAGCCGGUGAUUCCGACCCUGCAAACUAUCAGGACCACAGAACUGAAGAAGGACAUCUCAUCCAUGCUCGCGAGCUCCAGAAACAUGCUGGUUGGAAAACAUCUGUAGAAGGUCAAGUGGCGUCUCGUUCAGACGAUGUCUCACAUCCAAGUCACAAGCUGCCUCCGGGAGAAGCGCGAAGACAGGUCUAUCCACAUGAUGGCACGCCGGGAAACAGGCCGUCGGCUCUAGUACCGAGUCGUACUCAUUCGUUCCGCUGUCCUGAUCUUGAUACAAUUGAAAGCUCUGAAAGCGAGCGGGAAUCCGGUCCGUCUUCCAUGUCCUGUAGCCCAGGGCAAGGCUCGCCGCUUACUACGUCAGACUCGUCUUUCAACGAAUACUACAAGCACGCCACCCGGAUAAGAGAGAGUGUAGACGAGAACUUCAGUCACUACUUGCUGCAGCUGGAGGCCAAGAAGGCACAGCAACGGCUGCAGGAGCAGGCUCUUGCAGCUUUCCCAAACUCGGACUUCCACGAACCCGUUCAGCAUUACGUUAAUGACGAUCGCGACAGUGUUGAGGAAGAAAUUGAAGACCGGCCGGUCACCUGGGAGGGCUUCGACGAGGAGGAGUAUCUUGUGCGGGUCCGCCGCGAAAGCACAAAGACCCCUUGGGAGCAGCUGGAGAUGCAACGGCAUGCGGAGAUUCUGGAGCAGGAGCGAAAGGCCAACAUGACCACUGCGGCUACGAAACAGGAGCCGUCUUCGCCGUGGUGGAAUCCAAUUCCCGCUACAAGCGUGCAUCAGCCGGACAGUGAGAUGAGGUCGAUGCGUGACCGAGCAAGACCACCGAUGCUGGGGCGUGACUUGAGGUUUCCGAGAUGCCCGUCACCUGAGCCUGCUCGCUUUGAUGUCACACAAGGGUCGGAUAAGCUUCGUCAACAGAUGUGCUAUCUUAGCCAGCAAUCUCAGAAUCAGAAAACCGAAGAGGGCGGAUUGUGGAGUGCUGCACCGAACAAGACUCAUCAGCAAGAGAGUAUGUCCUCCGCAAACUCCAAAGGGGACGCCAAGAGCACCACUGGAAAGGGUCUCUGGGGAGGGUUCUGCUUUGCCAAAGCUGAAGAUGACGCCAACACCGGCCUCGCGCCGCCAAGGGGGCCUACUGGACUCAUGACGCCGCGACCGCGCGAGGACAACGCCAAUCCGUUCGAGCAAUCCUUCGCAUAUCGUGGAGGCGGAUCGGGCACAGUCAUAACGCCGGGCACACCACCCGAAACCGACCUCAAUAAUCUCGAUGCCAUUCUCGACAUCGAAAAGAAGUUUGAGGAAACGUUUGAGCGCGAGUAUCCGGACUCCUUCAUCACGCAAGUCUUCAACUACCUCUCCCUCGGCUAUCCAUCCCUCGCGCGACCCUUCGAUGAGGAACUCUCCAAGAUCUCCAAGAUCCCCACUGCCAACCUGCGACAGGACGAUGCCAAAGCCAAGCAAAGUCCGAAGGGAUACAUCCGGCUCGACCCGGAAUUCGAGGGCGAUAGCUUAACGCAGGAGUGUGUGCGAUGGCAGGCUCUCAAGGCGUAUAUCCACGAAUGGGCGAGGCAAGAAAAGAACAUGGUGCGUGUUGAUGCACCCGGUGGCAACUGGGCCACCACGAAUAGGAGAGGAAGUUGGGCAAUUUGA